GCUAAGCAGCAGGGCCCGGGCUAUAAUGGCCAGAUUAGUUUUACACGGGAGCUUGAGGGCUGCAGGCCAGGCCAGCACCUUUGGGGGUCCCCCGGGAAGGGAGUGAAGCAGGGGAACGGUCAGUGCCCUGGAAGAUGGGACUUUGCCAGGCCCGGCUUCCUAAAACUGCCAAGCCUCUGAAUCCUGAACUGCAGGCGAUGCUGAAGUCACAAGUCAUCAUCUUCAUGCUAGGAGGCCCAGGCUCCGGCAAAGGGACACAGUGUGAGAGGCUGGCUGCCAAGUACCAGUUCCAGCACCUGGGCAUGGGGAACCUGCUGCGGGCGGAAGCCAGCGAGCCCACGCGCCAGGGGCGCCAAAUCAAGGACAUCAUGCUGAAAGGAGCCCUGGUGCCUUCAGGCUUCGUCCUCGACCUGCUGAACACCAACCUACUGCAGAGAGAGGAGGCGGCGAAGGGCUUCCUGGUCAGCGGCUUCCCCCGGGAGCUCAACCAGGCCAAGGACUUUGAGCGUGUGGUGGGGCGUCCUCCCAACAUCGUGAUCAUCUUGGACUGCUCGACGGAGACCAUGAUCCAGCGGCUGCUGCUGCGGGGCCAGACCGGCCAUCGGGCCGACGACCACGAGAGCUGCAUCCGCCAGCGGCUGGAGACGCACUACUCGCUGUGCGAGCCCGUCGUCAGCUACUACCAGGAGAAGAACCUGCUCAGAAACAUUCUAGGCGAGGAGCCAGAAGACGCCAUCUUCGCGAAGUGCUGCUCCGUCCUCGACAGCCUCCGUUAGGCCAGGUGCCUGCUGCCCUGCCCAGGGCCGGGACUGUGUUAAAAUAAAGGCUGAGGUUUGGGUCCUGGC